GUGAGGGACGCGGCCGGCCCCAGCUGCUUCCUGAAGGUGAGCCGGCUGGAGGCGCAGCUUCUCCUGGAGCGCUAUCCCGACUGCGGAAACCUGCUGCUGCGACCCAGCGGGGACGGCGGGGACGAUGUGUCGGUCACCACGCGCCAGACGUUCAAUGGGACGUCGGUGGUCCGGCAUUACAAGGUGAAGCAUGAGGGCCCCAAGUAUGUGAUCGACGUGGAGGAGCCGUUCUCCUGUGCCUCACUGGACGCAGUGGUCGACUAUUUCGUGUCACACACCAAUAAGGCGCUGGUGCCCUUCCUGCUGGACGAGGACUAUGAGAAGGUGCUAGGCCACGUGGAGGCGGAUAAAGAGAACGGCGAGAGUGUGUGGGUGGCGCGCUCGACCCCCACAGCCCCGGGCCCAGGUGAUGCCCCUGCCCUGCGCCCGCCGCUGGGCCAGAGUGGGCCCGCACCUGCCUCGGGCAGCCCCAAGCAACUGCCUCCUGUGCCCAUCACACCUGUGGCAAGCCAGGACUGGUCAGCCCCGCUCCUGAACCAGGAGGAGAACUACGUGAUCCCCAUUGGAGACGACCCAGCUGCCAACUACAUGAACGAGGAUGUGCCUUCCCGCAGUCGACCGGUCCUGAACCCCAGGAAGUUGGCAAAGGUUCAGGCAAAGCCUCUAAAGCCACCCGUUGCCCCCAAGCCAGAGCCCAAAGGCCUCCAUGGCGGCCUGGCCAAGAAGCUGGCAGUCGGCUCAAUGCAGACUCUCUUCCCCUCAACAGGGUUGGCAGAUUUGACGGCGGAGCUG